AAAUUCAGAAUUAUAUUCAUAUAUAAAAAAUAUUAUUGAUUUAUAUAAUAUCAUGGGGAUCGAUAGUACAUCAAAAUUAGAGGUUAAGAGUUCAAAAUUACAAAAACGAACGAAGAAAAUAAAUAAAUCAGAAGAAAUUACAACUGAAACAAAUAAUAUUGAUAUCUCAGAAUAUGAUACUAAUCAAAAGGAAGAAAUGAAUAACCAGGCAGUAAAACAUAAAAAACAAAAGGGAAAAAGAAAAAGAUCAAAUACCAUUAAUAAUAAUAAUGAAGUAAUUAAAGAAACAAAAGUAAUUGAAACAAAAAAGGAUAAUUCUAUUAAAAUGAGUGAAAAUCAAGAUGAAGAAGAAAUAAAUAAUAAGAUAAUACCACCAAAGAAGAAAGCAAAUAUACAUGUAAUAAAUGAUAUAAAUAACAUAGAAGAACUUCAUAAAUGUAAUGUAAAAACUCCAAAACAACCUUCUAAGAGACAGAUGAAAAGAGAAAAGGCUGAGAAAAAAGAGAAUGAAAAAAGAAUGGCCAAUAAAACAGAAGCAAUGAAAAAAGGACUUAAUUAUGUUUCAAAGUGGAAAUAUGCAAGAACUGAAUGGAAAUUUGAAAAAUUAAGACAAAUUUGGUUAAUUGAGAAUUUGUUAGAUGAAAUUUCUAUACCAAAUGACAUUUUCCCAACAGUUUUAGAAUAUUUUGAAGGAUGUAAAGGUAUGGCUAGAGAACAACUUUUAAAAAAAGGUAUGGAUGUUAUAAGGAAAGUAGAAGAAAAUGAAGAAAAUAAAAAUAAGGAAUCUGUUGUUUAUCAGAGAGCAAGAAGACUUCUACAAGCUUUGCCUACUGAAACAUAAUCUAAAAUUGUAUUUAAAAAUUAUCAAUUAUUUGAUAAUUUUUAUUGAAAUUGAAUAUUCUUUUUAUAUAUUAUUCAACAUUGUUUUUUUCAUUAAUGAAAUACAUGUAUUAAA